UUAAUUGCCUACUAAGAAUCACCAAUUAGUUAUCGGCUAGAUAAGUAUGAGUAGUGUACGUUGAAAUUGGUCAAAUGUAGAUACACCGUGUAAACAAAAUAAAUGGUUGGCUUUUUUAUGCUACCAAGAGAACGACAUUCUUUCAUGCUUAAUUGGCUAUCAUAUAGUAGUAUGUGAUUUUUAUUUGUCAAAGCUAAUAUUUUAUUCCUUGAUUAUUUGAUACCUUUCUAAUCUCUAUGCCUGGCACAAAUUAAAUACGUAGGUAGUAGGACAUAAAGUUUUAAUUGUCCAUAUUAUAUGGUUCUGUUCGUAUCAACUUAUUUGUUUUGUUACAAAAAAUGCAUGCCAGGUUCAACACUGCCUACUUGGUAAAUCUCUUACAAACCUCCAUUGACACCAAAGCUUACAUUGCAGGCAAACUUCUCCAUGCCCAUAUACUCCGAAUUGGCCUUUCCGCUGAUACAUUCCUCCUUAACCGUCUCAUAGAAUUGUAUUCCAAAUGUGGCCAUAUUCACGCCGCACGACAACUGUUCGAUCAAAUGCUUGAACCAAAUAUAUAUUCUUGGCACUCCCUCUUGGCUGCUUAUUGUAAGCAAGGUCAGCUUGACAAUGCCCAUAAACUAUUUUUGAAUAUGCCUGAAAGAAAUAGUGUAUCAUGGAACACUCUCAUCAGUGCAUUUAUUCGAAACCGUCAUGAAACAAAGGCCUUGGAGGUUUAUUCUCAAAUGAACGCCCAUGGUUUCUCACCCACCCAUAUCACAUUGGCUAGCGUUUUAAGCGCCUGUGGCGGGUUGGCUGAAUUGGAGUGCGGCAAGGUGUCUCAUGGUUCUGCUGUCAAGUAUGGGCUUCACAAGAAUUUGUAUGUUGGGAAUGCUUUGUUGAGCUUGUAUGUAAAAUGUGGCUGCCCUCAGGAUGCGUUGAUAGCCUUUAGGGAGUUGGAUGAGCCUAAUGAGGUUUCCUUCACGGCAAUGAUGUGUGGACUAGUUGAUACUCACCAAGUGGGAGAGGCAUUUGAAAUGUUUAGGUUAAUCCAGAGGAGUGGAAUUAGGAUUGACUCUGUUUCAUUGUCUAGUGUACUGAGAGUUUGUGCUAAAGGUGGGGGUUCCAAUUUUGGUUGGAAUGGUGAGACUGAUAAUCAUCUACCUAAUAUGCAGGGGAAGCAAGUCCAUGGUUUCACCAUUAAACUUGGAUUUCAAGGAGACCUUCAUGUGUGUAACUCCUUGCUUGACAUGUAUGCAAAAAAUGGUGACAUGGAAAGUGCUGUAGUAUUGUUUGGAAACCUUUCUGAAACUAGUACUGUUUCUUGGAAUGUUAUGAUAAGUGGGUUUGGACAGAAUCAUGAUAAAGAAAGAGCCAUGGAGUACAUGGAAAGGAUGCGGGGUUUGGGUGUUGAACCAGAUGAGGUUACUUACAUAAAUAUGCUCACGGCUUGUGUUAAAUCAGGGGAUGUUGAAAAUGGCCGCUUGAUAUUUGAGAGCAUGGCUUGCCCUAGCUUGAUUUCAUGGAAUGCUAUUCUUUCAGGCUAUUCACAGAAUGAGGAACAUCUCGAGGUACUAAAGCUUUUCAGAGAGAUGCAAUUUCAAAAUCAGCGACCUGAUCGGACCACUUUGGCUAUCAUACUUAGUUCAUGUUCAGAGAUAGGGUUUCUAGAAUGUGGGGUGCAGGUCCAUGCUACUUCAUUAAAGUGUGUCUGUCCAGGAGAUCUAUAUAUAGCUAGUGGUCUUAUUGGUAUGUACCUAAAAUGUGGUAGAGUAGAAGCGGCUGUACGUAUUUUUGAUGGGCUCACUCAAGCAGAUAUAGUCUGUUGGAAUUCUCUAAUUACUGGUUUAUCCUACAAUUCAUUGGAUAAAGAAGCUUUUACUUUCUUUAAGCAAAUGCUACAGAUGGGGAUGUUACCUAAUGAGUUUUCAUUUGCUACUACACUUAGUUGUUCUACAAAGCUAUCCUCAUUAUCGCAAGGGAGACAACUUCAUGGGCUGAUAAUUAAAGAUGGUUAUGCUAAUGAUGUUGUAGUUGGAAGUACUCUGAUUGACAUGUAUUCCAAAUGUGGUGAUGUAGAUGAAGCCAGGGUACAUUUUGACAUGAUGCCCUAUAAGAAUACAAUUACAUGGAACGAAAUGAUACAUGGCUAUGCACAAAAUGGUCGUGGAGAAGAAGCUAUUUUCUUGUAUGAAGACAUGAUAUAUUUAGGAGGAAAACCUGAUGUUAUAACCUUUAUUGCCGCUCUAACUGCUUGUAGUCACUCGGGGCUUGUAGACCUGGGGCUUAAUAUAUUCAACUCAAUGCAGCAACAAUAUGGGUUGAAGCCACUUGUUGAUCAUUACACUUGCAUAAUUGAUUGUUUGGGUCGCGCUGCCCGGUUUAGUGAAAUAGAAGAACUCAUAGAUAAGAUGUCAUGCAAAGAUGACUCUGUUGUCUGGGAGGUUUUGCUUAGUUCUUGUAGGCUCCAUGGAAAUGUAAUCUUAGCAAGGCGGGCAGCAGAAGAGCUAUUCCGUCUUAAUCCGCAGAAUUCUGCCCCUUAUGUGCUUCUAGCAAAUAUGUAUACAUCGUUAGGGAGAUGGGAUGAUACAGAGGAAAUUAGAGUAGCUAUGUUGGAAAGGCAGGUAACCAAGGAUCCUGGUUUUAGCUGGGGAUGAAUUUUUGAAGUAGUAGUAAGUGUAGCUGGCAGUUUUUAAUUUUGACAGACAGCUAAUGGAAAAAAUGCCCCUAUUUGUUAAUGGCAUGAAAUUAUUGCAUAUGUCUCAUCUACUUGUAGGUAGUUGAUAUGUUCUGAUGGAGGUAAUGUGAUAGCUGAUCAAGCUCGGAUUUCUCAAAAAGACCUCCUAAUUUUUAGAUAUUAUUUCGAUGUACUGUUUAGUCUCUGGAAAAGAGCUAUAUCUUGGCAAAUGUCAUAGGCGGGUCAUAGAUUUCUUGUGUGUACUGGCUUCUCAUUUUCCCAACUGGGGGAUGAAAAUUCUGGAUAUUCUUCUUUCUUCUACUGACUAUCUGAUAUUGAUACUCUUCACUUCUGUGUUUGUAUCAUUUUUCUGGGCCAGCAGGAUACAACUGUGACUUACUGGAACUAAGAGGCUCCAAGCCUCCAAGUCACAUGGAGAAUGCACAAAGAAGUUUUCUGUUGCAUUGCAACAAAUGUUAAAAGGUCUAACACCAAUCAGUGAAAAUGGUCUAAAGUGUACAUGGAAGGUACAAAGCAUGUAUAGCUUCCUUUAUGCAGAUUGUGCCUCACUGUUGCAUAUCUUAAGAGCCAAAGUCCUAUGUGGACAUGCACUUUUUUAAGUGCUGAUCCUUUUGUGAACCUUUCUUCUUCGAAUAUCGAUGGAGGAGCUUGAGAUACAGCCACAGGCAUAGCAGGUUGAAUCUCGACAUGUAAUAUACUGCUUGCAGUUUGCAGGGUUAAUUCAAAAUACAGCCAGUACUAGUAGAAGGAAAUAUAUACCAUUUGCCCUUUCAACUUUUAUGGUUUGAUGAGUGUAAAUUUACAAUUUUUCACUAUUUGUUUAUUGGUCCUGCAGGGAGAAAGUUACUGGAGAAGCAUUGACCCCUAAGCAGAGUAUUAUCCGUCGUCAUGUCAUCAUUUUGUUAAGGAAUCUAAUAGGCAAUCAUUAUUUAGUUUCAGUGGAAACAUAGUUGUCAUCUAAUUUUGGCGCUUGUGCUUCUAGAACACAUCUUGUGCAGUGACACGAAACAACAAACUGAAAACAUUACUCGGAAAGUAUUAAAGGGCACAUGUGAACCUUAUGCACUUAGGAGUCGCUAUUGAGUAGAUAAACCAUAGCUAUAAAUCUUGUACAGUAGUUGGUUUGGAACGUCAC